AGCGCCAUAAUCGCUCUCGUCCUGCUGUCCAUCACGGGCAGCGCCGCCAUCCCCGUCAACGAGCUCCUCAACGACACGGCCAAGCUGCACCAGUUCGCCAAGCGCUACACCAGCCCCACGCCCCUCGACCCGGCCAACCUCACCCUGACGCACAUGAACACGUUCCUGCAGAUCCUCAACGUGCAGCCCAACCCGGACCCGGACCUGAUCAAGAGCCUCGUCGCCUUCGACGCCACCUACGUCUCCCUCACCGAGGACAACCCGGACCUGCACCGCAUCCUGCCCUGGGCCGGGACCCGCUACCGCGUCGGCCCCCAGGCCUUCCUCGACACCUUCACCCGCGUCGGCUUGUGGUGGACCCGCGGCCCCUUCAACAUCGAGUCCGUCUUCUCCGAUGGCGCCGGCAACCUCACCGCCUGGGGCAACUUCGUCAUCACGUCCAAUACCAUGGGCAAGACGCUCACGGCUCCGUGGUCCUGCCGCGCAGAGAUCAACGUCGACGGCUUGAUUAGCUAUUUCCAGUAUAUGGAGGAUACGUUUGCUACCACGUCGACGUUCUGGGCCGAGGGGAAGAAGCAGUUUUGCGCGAAUCCGUUUGGUGGUUGCGUGUGGUUCUGAGGGUUGAAGUGGAGAGAGUAGUAGCUACUUUGGGAUAGGCUUAAUUAGAUGUUUAUUGUAACGUCCGUCACCGCGAACCGAGAUGUACCGUAUAGC